CAGCCAGCCUUGGGGUACCUCGCCCUCCUUGCCAUCCCCAUUCUGGAGCCGGAGCCCCCGCCCCCUCCUUGCCUUUCCGUUUCUUCCCUCCAGCUUGUGUCUCUUUCUGUCUCUCCCACUUUUCCUCCCUCUCCCGCUCCGUCUCACACGCACCCUCUGUUUAUUUUCCUGCCUCCAUCUGGGCCCUGCUGAUAUUGUAAUCACCCUGAUGCACGUUGGCUUCUCUCCUCUCCCUCCUGCGCUCACACACUCACUCACACACAAUGUGCCAUCCUGACAAGCCUUUUACUUCUGAUAAGCUCCGAUGUGUGUUUAAUGAAUACAAAGCCGCGGUCUGGGUGCCGCCUCGGCUGCGGCCGCUCUCCUGCGCUCCUUUGCCAGAAGAUCGGACUGAGAAGCACUCCACGAUGCCAGACUCACCUGUGGAUGUGAAGACCCCGUCUAGGCUGACUCCUCCCACGAUGCCACCUCCCCCAACAACUCAAGGAGCUCCCAGAACCAGUUCAUUUACACCAACAACGUUAACUAAUGGCACGAGCCAUUCACCCACAGCCUUGAAUGGCGCCCCCUCACCGCCCAAUGGCUUUAGCAAUGGGCCUUCCUCUUCUUCCUCUUCUUCUCUGGCUAAUCAACAGCUGCCCCCAGCCUGUGGCGCCAGGCAGCUCAGUAAGCUGAAACGGUUCCUCACUACCUUGCAGCAGUUUGGCAAUGACAUUUCACCGGAAAUAGGAGAGAGAGUCCGCACCCUCGUACUAGGACUGGUGAACUCUACUUUGACAAUUGAAGAAUUUCAUUCCAAACUGCAAGAAGCUACGAACUUCCCACUGCGACCUUUUGUCAUCCCAUUUUUGAAGGCCAACUUGCCACUUCUGCAGCGUGAGCUCCUCCACUGCGCAAGGCUGGCCAAACAGAACCCUGCCCAGUACCUCGCCCAGCAUGAACAGCUGCUUCUGGAUGCCAGCACCACCUCACCUGUUGACUCCUCAGAGCUGCUUCUCGAUGUGAACGAAAACGGGAAGAGGCGAACUCCAGACAGAACCAAAGAAAAUGGCUUUGACAGAGAGCCUUUGCACUCAGAACAUCCAAGCAAGCGACCAUGCACUAUUAGCCCAGGCCAGCGGUACAGUCCAAAUAAUGGCUUAUCCUACCAGCCCAAUGGCCUGCCUCACCCCACCCCUCCUCCACCUCAGCAUUACCGUUUGGAUGAUAUGGCCAUUGCCCACCACUACAGGGACUCCUAUCGACACCCCAGCCACAGGGACCUCAGGGACAGAAACAGACCUAUGGGGUUGCAUGGCACACGUCAAGAAGAAAUGAUUGAUCACAGACUGACAGACAGAGAAUGGGCAGAGGAAUGGAAACAUCUUGACCAUCUGUUAAACUGCAUAAUGGACAUGGUAGAAAAAACAAGGCGAUCUCUCACUGUACUAAGGCGAUGUCAGGAAGCGGACCGGGAGGAAUUGAAUUACUGGAUCCGGCGGUACAGCGAUGCUGAGGACUUAAAAAAGGGCGGCAGCGGUAGCAGCAGCCACUCCAGGCAGCAGAGUCCUGUCAAUCCAGACCCAGUGGCGUUAGAUGCACAUCGGGAAUUCCUUCACAGGCCUGCUUCUGGAUAUGUGCCAGAGGAGAUCUGGAAGAAAGCUGAGGAGGCGGUCAACGAGGUGAAGCGGCAGGCGAUGACCGAGCUGCAGAAGGCCGUGUCCGAGGCCGAGCGGAAAGCGCACGAUAUGAUCACCUCGGAGCGCGCCAAGAUGGAGCGCACGGUGGCAGAGGCCAAGCGGCAGGCGGCGGAGGAUGCUCUCGCUGUCAUCAACCAGCAGGAAGAUUCGAGCGAGAGUUGCUGGAAUUGUGGCCGUAAAGCGAGUGAAACCUGCAGCGGCUGUAACACAGCCCGAUACUGUGGCUCGUUUUGCCAGCACAAAGACUGGGAGAAGCACCACCACAUCUGUGGACAGACCCUGCAAGCCCAGCAGCAGGGGGAUACGCCUGCUGUCAGCUCCUCCGUCACGCCUAACAGCGGGGCCGGGAGCCCGAUGGACACACCACCAGCAGCCACCCCGAGGUCGACCACCCCGGGGACCCCUUCCACCAUAGAGACAACCCCUCGCUAGAUGUGCACUCAGAACUGUCAGAGGAAAGACAACACAACCAACGUGAAACCAAUUCCUCAUCCUCAGAUGCUCAAAGUUGUUUUUUGUUUGUUUGUUUGUUUAUAGAUGGACUAUCCUGGUUCAGUACUUCAGCAAGAGAGAACCUAACUGUAUCUUGAGGCGUUAGUAAAACAGAGGGCCAGUAACGGGUCGUAAUGACUUACUGUGGAUAAUAAAGAUUUCUUUUCCUUAGAGAACUGAAAAGAGAGCAGAAAAUAUAACAUGAAAUGAUAGAUUUGACCUCCUCCUUGUUAUUUUCCAGUAGCUGGGAUUUUAAACUAGAUGACCUCAUUAACCGAUGCUUUACCAAACAGCAAACCAAGAGAUUGCUAAUUGCUGUUGAAAGCAAAAAUGCUAACAUUAAAAGUCACAAUGUUCUUUAUAUACAAUAAUGGAAAAAAAGAGGAAAACCCUCAAGGGCAUGAGCAUUGGCUACAGCAGUAGACAUUUUAACAAGAAGAUGAAUGGCGUCCGUGGGUUGCUAACUGAACUUUGAAGACCCGCCACAAAACGCGCAGAUGUGUAGCAUAUUGGAAGGAGACACAGAUGUUCGGUUUUUUUCCUGUUUCUGAAAAGAAAUAAUAUCCAGGUCAACAGAAGGAAAAAUGAAAGAUGAUUUGCAGUGGGAUAUGUGAAUACAGCAGCAAGAAAAAAAUGCCAUAACAUAAAAGGCUCCUUUAUAUAUAUAUACACACACACACAGAAGUAAGAGACUCAGCCUGCAGUUGUUAGCAUCCUGGCAGCUUUGACACCAGCCAGCUGCCCUAAACAGCCCUCAACGUUUCUUCACUUUUGCAAGGUUCCACAGAGCAAGACAUUGGGUCUAUUCCAGCUCAUUCAUUUUAUAUUGAAAAAUAAUUUUUAAAAAUGAUGGCUCCAGCUCCAGCCCCUUUCUAAAUUUUUUCAACCCCACCCUGUUUGGAUUUUUAAUUAAAAACUAGUAGUUCUCUUGGUGUUAAAACACUUCUGUCCUGUGAGGUUUCCCAAUGGUGUUUUUCUUGUAAACGUGCUGGACGACUGUGAAGACGCGUUGUAGUUUAACCACGUGCCCACAUUUAGUCUCUUUAUUCCUAGUUGGUGAGAAACCUGUAUCUUUCUAUGCUGCUUUUAUAUCUGUAUGUAUUAGUGGUAUUUCUCUAGUAGUUCAAAAAAAAAAGAAAAAAGGAAAAAAAAGACUUUUUUUGGUUGUCCUCAAGAAAAGAAAGAAAAAGGCUAUCUUUCGGAGCUGCUAUUUCAUUCUCUUAUAGAAUUUUUUUUUUCCUGAAAACCAGCAUGCUUCACGGAAUGCUAACAUAUUGGUGUUUUUGUAAGAGGGAUGUACAUAAAUGUAUUUUGCACUGUCACAAUGACUCCCUAGGCAUGCUUUUUUUUUUUUUUUUGAGCAAACUUUUUAAAUAUGCUAGAGCCAUUUCACCAAGUUUAGCUGUAGCAUAGAGUAGUAGUGGAAUUUUUCUUUUUUUCUUUUUUUCAUUGAAAAAUCAUUAUUAGGGACUUUAAAAAAUAACAAGAUAUCCUACUUUAAAAAAAAAAGACAGUGCAUGCGUAUUGCUGUAAGGUUGUUUAAGUAUUUCUAAUUUUACAAAAAAAAAAAAAAAAGAUAAA